AUGGAUAAUAAAGAAUGGGAGGAUAGUGAAUUCCAGGAUUUCGAGCGAGGAUCCUGGAAGGCUUCCAAAGACCUCAAGGAAAGCAGGCCGAAGACAUUUUUGCCUAACAAACCUGAAUCCAUCUAUAACACAUUCACACUGACAUUCACACUUCAGUGCAUUUUGAGAUUUGAAACCACAGAGAUCUCAGUAUCACUGUAUGGUGGUUCAAGUACCACCUGCCCCAGAAGAUGCAACUGUGACUCUGCACAGACAGUGCAGUGCUACAGAAUUAUAGAGAUACCUACAGAGAUGCCUUUCACCACCAAGAGGCUGUACAUUAGCCACAGCAAGAUCAAACAACUCCAGGUCUCUGACUUUGGCAGAAUAUCUGGCCUUGAAGAGCUUAUCCUGUCUUGCAGUGGAACAGAAUCAAUAGAAAAUAACACCUUCAAGGCUCUGAGCACCUUGCAAACCCUGGAACUCUGCAAGAACAAGCUAAGACGUAUACCCACUUUCCUCCCAUCAAGCCUUGAAGUAUUAAAACUUGGUGAUAAUUCAAUAAAUGCUAUACACGGGUCUGAUUUGGAAGGUUUAAAGAAACUCAGGGUGCUUGACAUUCAAAACAACUUGAUUUUGGCACUCUCUUUCAGCACGCUUUCUUCCCUUUGCAGCUUACAAAGUCUGAUUUUGGAUGGUAACAGUAUGGAGUCUGUGUCUGGCCCACUUAAACUUCCCAAGCUGAAGUAUCUCAGUAUGGCUAAUAACCAACUGCACUCUUUCUUAGGCCACUUCUUUGAAUCUCUGCAAGAUUUACAGUUUCUCAGCUUUAGCGGAAACCAUCUGGAAAAGGUCCCACCUGACCUGCCCAAGUCCUUGCUUUCAUUAAAACUAGAGAGAAACAGAUUCAAAACAGUAAGAUUUCGAGACAUGAAGCACCUGGAAAACCUAUCUGAGCUUUUUCUUUCUGAAAAUCGGCUUUCAUCAAUAGAUGGUGCUCACCUUCUUCCUAACUUAAUUGCACUGGAACUGUCCAGUAACCAUCUCCAAGCCAUGCCACUCAGGCUUCCAGCCAGACUCCAGAAACUUGACUGCAGCAAUAACCUGAUUAGGCAAGUCACAGCACAGGACUUCCAGGGUCUACGAAACCUCAAGCAUCUGUUUCUUGAUAACAACGCUGUUAGUUUGUUUGAGGCUGGAGCUCUUCAGAGGUGUGCACAGCUUUCUAACCUGGCACUGGAACAAAACCUGCUUAUUUCUAUUCCACUCAGACUUCCAGAUACUCUAGCCAGGUUGGAUCUGAAAGGAAAUGACAUACAGGAUGUUGGAGAACAAGAGCUGAAAGACUUGAAACAACUUCAGGUUUUAAAUCUACGGAACAACAAGAUAUCUUCCUUGGAUUGCAAAGUCUUGGAGUAUUUGCCUCGUCUCAGGCACCUGUAUCUAGAUGGAAAUCCUUGGAAUUGCACCUGUGACCUGCUCAGAACCAGAAAGGUGCUGAUGGCCAAAGGGACAGAUGUCAAGGGGGGACAAUGUGUAGCUCCAGUUGAAAGCCAAGGAGAAAGCUGGAUGUCUUCCCAAAAGAUUCUGCAGCGAUGUGAAGAUAACUUUUCUUCAGCUGAAAGAAUCAAAGAGGGCAUAAAGAAAAUGAAAACCGAUGAUUUUCCCAGUGUUGGAAUAAAUGUGGAUGAUGAUUAUUAUGAUUAUGAAAUAGAUUAAUCAUGAUGAUGGUGGGCCUUAGAGCUCUCUUCCAUUAUCAUGUGGGGGUACCAUUGAAAUUUCCUCUUUUAUUUUUUAUAAAAUGUAGUGCUUUGAGGUGGGGGAGGGGGUGGCCAACCGUGUAUUAUGAUGUCAGGUUCUUUAAAAAUUGUGAGAAGGUUUUUUUAAUCAAUAUUGUUAUGCAUUUAAUAUUAGGUGAUUGUUGGGAAGUAAAAAUAUAAUAUCUGUCACCUGGAAAAGUGAUCUAUUGUUCUCUAUGGGGUUCAUAAAGGUAGCUUGAUAGUUCUAUAAAAACUGUGCAGACAAAAAGUGUUUCACAGGAUACUAUGCCAGUACUGGAACUUUGAGAUCCAUGCCGUUUAAUUGCACCUAAUGGUGCUGCAGUUUCCAAAGAAGUUGAAACAUCAUGUUAUAGAAUUAUAGAAUCAUGUUAUAGAAUUAUAAAAUCAUUGAAAAUUAGGGUUGGAAGGGA